AUGAAGAAAUUCGUUGUUUUAUCAAUGGCUCUGGCCAUUGCGUUGGGAGCAGCGAUAGAUAAUCCGACCAAGGAAGUGGAUACCAACAAGGACGCUGAUGCUAACGUCGAGACCAAACAGCAAGAGAAACGGGGUCUUAGUGAUUAUGGUCAUGGAUUUUCUCAUCAUCAAGAAAUGUUAAGUGAAUUCCAGCCGUCUUAUAGAUACGAAGCUCCAGCAAGCUUUGAGGAUUUCAAACACUAUAAGAGUCAGGCUCACCAGCACAUGACCUACGACUGGAGGGAUGAGAAGCAAACCAUCAUUACCAAGAAGAUUCCAGUUCCUUACAAGGUUGAAGUUGAGAAGCACACCAUCAUUGAAAAGAAGUUUCCUGUCCAUGUAGACCGCCCAGUGCCAUACCAUGUUGAAGUUGAGCGCAAGGUUCCAGUCUACGUUGAGAAAAAAUAUACAGUGCAUGUUGAUCGUCCAGUUCCAUACCCAGUCAAGGUUCCGUAUCCAGUUGAGGUCGAGAAAAAAUACCCAGUCUACGUAGAAAAGAAGGUCCACGUUGACCGUCCAGUCCCAUACACUGUCGAAGUGGAAAAGAAGGUUCCAGUCGUCGUUGAGAAGAAGGUACCAGUCCAUGUCAAUCGCUACGUCCCAUACCCCGUGGAAGUCAAGGUUCCAGUAGUCCACAAAGUCCAUGUGGAAGUGCCGAAACCAUACACGGUCCAUGUCCCAAAACCAUUUCCGGUGUACAUCGAGAAGGAAGUCAUCAAACACGUUGAUCGUCCAGUGCGUGUAGAAGUUGAGAAGAAGGUACCAGUUACGCUUGUCCACAAGGUUGAAGUCCCAAAACCGUAUGCUGUUAUUGUUGAGAAACCAGUAGUGCUUGAAAAGCACCAUCAUCAUCAUCAUGCUUACCAAAACAAUCAUGACAGUCACGAACAUGUUCAGCAAAACUCAGCUGCACUGAAGUUGACCAGAUAUACUUCUGAACCUGCUCAUGAUGAUCAUCACAAUGAGCAUAAUAACCACCAAAAUGAAGAACAGCAUUACCAGAUCCAGCAUUCGUCUCUUCCUGUUCCUGAACACUUGGUUCAGCACAAGGAUGAGCACGAUGAUAGCGAAGAACAGCGUCAUAAUGUCCAUCAUCAUCAGCACUACGAGGAACAGCGCCAUCACGAUGAUGACCAUGAUGAUCAUCACGAGCAGGCAUUCCGUCAACACCAACAGCAUCACAACCAGCAACAGCAAUACCAACAUCACCAGUAUGAAGAACAACAUCACCACAAUCAACAACAACAAUACCAACAACAGCAGCAUGACGAGGAACAGCACCACAUUUCCGCCCAUUACAAGCGUGAAUCCAAGCAGUAAAACAAGUUUACAUCUUUGGACGCGUAUUCUCCAUUCUCUAGUCUAGUGUAGCACAAAUGGAACUGAAUUAUUUGAUGCACAGAAUGAUCCUGUUGAAUAUUGUUAAAUAUAAUUAGUAUUGAAAAU